ACGCAGCCUUCAGUUUACGAAGAAACGUUCUUCUAUCUCUACUACUUGUGCAAAUCCUCAAGCAGCUUUUGGUAAACCCGUUAUUCUACAACCAACGCUUGUGAAAAUCCUCACGCAACCUUUAGUACACAAAACACAAUCUUCUACCGAAAGUAUUUGUGCAAAACCUCGCGCAACUUUUAAUAUACGAGCAGCCGUUCUUUCGUCGCCACUGACUGUGCAAAUCUACUAGUGUUGACAAAAUGGGUCCCACACAGAAGAGCUAUGACGUGAAGAUCUCUUCCCCCUUCUCGAAGUACGGCCGGAGAGAGGACAGAUUUCUUCCUCUCACUCGAAAGGGCAGGUUCUUCGAAGACUCGUCCUUCUCGACGUCUCACCAGCACUUCGAUGACGCCAUCAAGAAGAUUCUGGAUAAGUGGAAUGACACGGACUUCGAGCUGUCAGACCACUGGGACGACGUCGGUGUUCGCCGCAACAGUUUUCUUAACAGAUAUAGGCGACUACGGUCUCAGGACUUGAGUGAGGAGAACCAGGCUGUUAAUGUCACUUCGGAUAACAAUAGUGUUAAGAUCGUGCUGGACGUCCACGAUUUCAUGGAAGGGGACAUUAAAGUGCAGGUUUUAGAUGAGGAAGAGCUGCUGAUAGAAGGCCAGACCUCUUCCCACAGUUUCCGACGCACCUUCACCCUGCCGGACCAAGCGGAUCUGGAUGCCAUAACGUCUUUCAUUUCCUUGGACGGCAUCAUGACAGUCACAGUCCCGAGACUGGGAAGCGACCAUCAACAAAGACCUGCCACUAUUCCUGUCACGGUUGAGAAAACAAAAGAUGCUUCAGAGGUACAAAAACAGUCGUUCUCCACAUCUUCAGCGAAUGCAGCCGAAGAAAAGGUCUCAGCUACAAGUGACUGUGUUCGAAAUUCUCAGAAUAUAACUUCGGAGCAGACCAGGACUCAAAGGCAGGAGGAAUACGAAAUUCCAAUCACGAUGUCAGAAGAGUCAGAAGAAGCAAACAUCAAGAAGGGCGUCCGAAGCAGUCAGAAUGUCCUGUCAGAGGAGAUGAAGACUCAAGAGCAAGAGGAAUUCCAGAUUCCAAUUGUGAUGUCCGAACAAGAAGCAGAUUCCAAGAAGACGCAGGCAGCAGAGUCUGGCAGCUGUCACUAUUCGGAGACUAGGAAGACAAGAGCGACAGAGAAUAAAGAGGUCAUAAUUCCAAUAAUCGUAGAAGACGGAGAAACUACAAGCCAAACACACAAACAAACCGUAGAAUCAACAAGCAAUAAUAAAGAAGCCUCCCGCACACUAGACAUAAAAACUGAAGACCAAAGUAAUUGCACAACUUCCGGCCGUCCGUCAGUCCGGUUUUCGUCGCCGAACACUUCAGGCGCGGAGACCGUUUCCGCCUCGUCAUGUAACAAUAGAGAAGAGUCGUACGUCAUCCCCGUGCAGGUGGAAGCGGCGAGCGAGAAGGUGACAGCGCAAAGCCACAAGGGCGACGGAGGAAACGCAGCGAGCCGCAGCGCAGCCUUUGAGCAGCAGCAGCGCGACCUCCUGCGUCGCACAGCUGAAGAGGACAGCGACCAAGAAUCAGACGACAGCUAUCGGCGCAAGGCGGGGAAGAAACGAACGACCUUUGCUGAUGAGGAUGAGUAUAUGUACGAGAAGCCUGUCUAUCCUAAGGGCAGUAGAUACCUGCCAAUCACCAGGAAGGGGUUGUUUACCCAGGACCACUACUUCGAGGAAGUCCGGCCGAAUUUUGGCCAGGCGGUUCGAGACGUGCUGGAAAUGUCACGUGAAUGGACAGGAAAGGACAAGGCCAUGGAGAACUACAGGAAUCUGCGCGAUCGGAAUCUCAAGCUGGAGAAUCAGGCCUUCUGCGUCACCGAUGAUGAGUAUACACACAAGGUUGUGAUAGACGUGUAUGACUUCACCGGCGGAGAUAUAACGGUGCAGCUCGUGGACGGCAAGGAGCUGGUGGUGGAGGGCCAAGCGGAGAAGCAGGAGGCGACCAGAGUGUCUCGCUUGAGCUUCAUCCGCCGCUUCCAGCUGCCUGACCUCGCCGACCGGGACGCUAUCACCGUCGCCUUGUCCGCCGACGGCGUCCUCACCAUCACCUCCCCGAAGAGAAGGAGUCCUCGAUGCCUGAGCGUGAGGCCAAGGCGAUCCCCCAGCGCGAGGCGGUCUCAGGAGCGAGCGAGCGACUCGGAUCGCAGCUGGAAGGAGAGAUAUGCCCGAGAGCCUUCUGAGGAUUUUGAGGAUUUCGACGUCCACAGUAGAAAAUCUGCGCUACAUUCCUUCAUGGAUCAGUUCUAAAAUCCUCGCCCCCCCAUAUUUGUUAUUAUAUGUAUACGAAUACGUUAUUAUAUUUUUAUGGUAUUCUGGAAUAUAAUCGGCACUGUGAUAUGACUUCUACGUUUGUUUCGUAUGGGAAUAACUGAGCCUUUAUGAAGCUCUCACAAUAUCAGCGGCAUGACAUUUCCAGAUGCCGAGGUUGAUUAAAAGCCAAUAAAGGAUCUCGUAUAAAAAGAUAUAUAUACAAAUCAAAUGUUUGCCAUUAACAUUCCUCGAAUAAAGCUUUUUGUGUAA